AACAAAGUCUGCUAUUUAAACACUUCUCAAAAAUCUUCCCAAAUACAUUGAUCACUGAAAUAGGUCUAUAAUUGAACAUUUGUCUUUACUUCCAGAUUUAAAUAUUGGUGUCACUAUGCUUUCUUUAAAUUGGCGAGGAAUUACUGAGGUUGAUAAUAGUUAUAGGAUUACGAACUAUUUGCUGUAACUCUAUGUUGUCCACUGAAGUUAGAAACAUAGAGUGAGCAAUGCUGACGACAUGAAGAUCUGUUGUAUCAAGAAUUGAGUUUUGAUCAAUCUGAACCUGAAACUUCAAAUCAUCAUAGAAGAUGUAGCGUGUGUGUGGUACCAAGUCGCUUGUUUCCGUUUUCACGUUUCGUCAAUUGUUUUGGAUAAGUAA